CUUCUGGCAUCAGUUUUCAUCUUAACCUCACAAGACACGGGCAUACUCGGAGAUCAGUAACUACUGUACGACGUACGACGGUUUAUUACAUUUCUUGUUGUAUGAGAUAUGUUUUAUCGUUUUGUGAUUAAGGUUAUGUUGCUGAUGUUUUGUUGAAGUGUUAGCUUUUAUUUUAAAUUGUGUUUUAAAAUAUUCGUGAUUAGUAAAAAGGAUAUGACUGUCGUUGUUCGUAUAACUCAUACAUCUUGAAGUGUUAUAUAGGACCAUCAGAGAAUUUAACCGUACAAAUAUGCAGAACAAUACUAAUUCUCGCGAUCGCGAGAACAAUCAUCAUUCAAGUUCUUCACACCCCCAUGUGAUGAAUAUGCGAGAGAAAGAAAAAUAUAUAGAAACAUUCAAUUUCCCUUACUGUGAUCUAACCACCAAGUAUGAAAAAGUAACUAAAAUAGGCCAAGGUACUUUUGGAGAAGUGUUCAAAGCUAGGGACAAAAGUAAUCCUAAGAAGUUCGUUGCCAUGAAGAAGGUUCUUAUGGAUAACGAAAAAGAAGGGUUCCCUAUCACAGCACUCAGAGAAAUAAGGAUCUUACAACUGCUGAAGCACGAAAACGUAGUGAAUUUAAUAGAAAUAUGCAGAACACAAGCCUCUCAGCACAAUAGAUAUCGCUCAACGUUCUAUCUUGUAUUUGACUUUUGCGAACAUGACUUAGCCGGACUUUUAUCUAAUGUAAAUGUAAAGUUUAGUUUAGGAGAAAUUAAAAAAGUGGUGCAGCAACUAUUAAAUGGACUGUAUUAUAUACAUAGCAAUAAAAUUUUACAUAGGGAUAUGAAAGCAGCUAAUGUGCUUAUAACGAAGAAUGGAGUGUUGAAACUUGCUGACUUUGGACUUGCUAGGGCUUUCAGCACAAACAAAAACGGCAUGCCAAACAGAUUCACAAAUCGUGUGGUAACCCUGUGGUACCGUCCACCCGAGCUACUGCUAGGCGAACGCAACUAUGGCCCCCCGGUUGACCUAUGGGGUGCUGGGUGCAUCAUGGCCGAAAUGUGGACGCGGUCGCCCAUCAUGCAAGGCAACAGCGAGCAACAACAGCUGACGUUGAUAUCCCAAUUAUGUGGUUCCAUCACACCCAAGGUUUGGCCGGGAGUUGAAAAUUUGGAGCUGUACAAAAAGAUGGAACUGCCGCAGAACCAGAAACGGAAGGUAAAAGAGCGUUUGACGCCAUACCUGAAAGAUCCGUACGCUUGCGACUUGCUGGACAAAUUGCUCGUUCUGGACCCUUCAAAAAGAGCCGAUUCAGACACCGCUCUCAACCACGAUUUCUUCUGGACCGACCCCAUGCCAUGUGAUCUCGGAAAAAUGUUGGCCAACCAUACUCAAAGCAUGUUCGAGUUCUUGGCGCCGCCAAGGCGAGUAACUCAAAUGCGUCACCAUUCGAUACCAAGGCCGACAACAUCUGCAGUGCAAGAUAGCGGGUACCAAGAUAGAGUUUUCUAGUUGAAGAGUGUGCAUGCAGUGAAAAUACUGCGACCUGACUGAUAAUACAUUGAUUUUGAUGUGCAAAGAUCUUUUUUAUUUCUUUCAUAGAAAGUAUUGUCAUACAAUCGUUAACAAUUAAUUCGUAAGAUAUGUAUAAUAUCUAUUAUGUAUAUAGAUGUCCUUUUGUUAAUAAAUUUAUUUUCUUUAUAA